CCUUGAUUUCGCCGCCGCGCGAAGGGAUUGCAACCGGAGACGCGCUGCCGAGAGGUUGCGCUUCCCUUUCGCCCUGGAGCGUUGCUGCUCAGAAAUCCCCAGCGAUGGCAACGUGGGAGGAGCCUCCCCAGCACCCAGGCAGGAAACGGCUCGCCAUCACCUGGGAAAGGCGAUUUCUCCGAGCCGUCUGACACACACUAGCCACGGGGAAACAAAGGGAAGGCAGCCCACGCCGCCAGAGCUGCCCUUCGGCUGUGGUUUCGUGCACCGGUCAGGGCUGUCCAAGAUGCAGCCUUUAGAAUAAAGCAAUGCUCGGCUGCAGCUCCUUUAUUUUUAAUGCAUUCGCUUCCUUGAUUCCGAGCAGGCAUUGAGAAGACAGUUUGCCUGCGGCUGUGGCACCGAAGCGCCCAGGAAUAUCAGAGCGAGCAAGGGAUGAAAAUAUGUCCAUCGCGGGUCUGAAGAAGAAGCAGCCCAAAACCUUUAAAGUGAAAGUGACAACGAUGGAAACAGAAAUGGAGUUCAGCUGUGAGAUGAAAUGGAAGGGGAAAGACCUGUUUGACCAGGUGUGCCGUGCGCUGGGUCUGCGAGAAUCCUGGUUCUUUGGCUUGCAGUACUCCAUCAAAGGAAUGGGCACCUGGUUGAAGAUGGAUAAAAAGGUUUUGGAUCAGGAAAUCCCUAAAGAAGAUCCAAUUCAUUGUUGUUUUCUGGCAAAAUUCUACCCUGAGAAAGUGGAAGAAGAACUUCUGCAGGAGAUCACCCAACACCUCUUUUUCCUUCAGGUUAAGAAACAAAUACUGGAUGAAGAAAUCUACUGUUCCCCCGAGGCUACAAUUUUGUUGGCUUCGUAUGCUGUUCAAGCCAAGUACGGUGACUAUGACCCAAAUCUGCACAAGCCAGGUUUCCUCGUUCCAGAAGAGCUCUUGCCAAAAAGGGUCCUCCGUCAGUACCAGAUGACGCCUGACAUGUGGGAAGAGAGGAUUACAGCCUGGUACGCGGGACACCGGGGCAUAGCCAGGUAUGAAGCUGAGAUGAACUAUCUUAAAAUUGCACAAGACUUGGAGAUGUAUGGGGUUAAUUAUUUUCCAAUUGCUCAAAAGAAGAAUCAUACGGACUUCCUGCUUGGGGUUGACGCCAAAGGGAUCCACGUCUACAGCAUCAAUAACCGCUUCUCUCCAAAUAAAUCUUUCGAGUGGAGCAGUAUCAGGAACAUCUCCUAUAGCGAGAAAGAGCUCACAAUUAAGCCCAUCGACAAGAAAGCGGAAGUCUUCAAGUUCUUUGCCUCACAGCCAAAAGUCAAUAAACUGAUCAUGCAGCUGUUCAUCGGGAACCACGACUUGUUCAUGAGAAGGAGGCGAGUGGAUCCCAUUGAGAUCCAGCAAAUGAAGGCUCAAGCCAGGGAGGACAAAGCAAGGAAGAAGAUGGAGCACCAGCGGCUGGCCAGGGAGAAGCAGCUGCGUGAGGACGCCGAGCGGGCCAAGGAAGAGCUGGAGAGGCGCCUCUUUGAGGUGGAAGACGAGGCCCGGCAAGCCAACGAGGCCCUGCGCCGUUCGGAGGCGGCGGCGGAGCUGUUGGCCGAGAAGGCCCAGAUUGCGGAGGAAGAGGCCAAGCUCUUGGCCCAGAACGCGGCUGAAGCCGAGCAGGAGUGCCGCCGCCUGGAGCUGGCCGCCUUGAAGACCAAGGAAGAGAAGCGCCUGAUGGAGCACAAGAUGCGGGAGGCGGAACUGAUUGCCAUGAAGCUGGUAAAGGAAUCGGAACGAAGGGCCAAAGAAGCCGAACAUUUGAAACAGGACCUGCAGGUGGCCAGAGAGGCUGAAGAGAAAGCCAGGCGGAAACUCCAGGACGUCGGCAAAAUUCACCCUGCUCCUAACACUGCCAAGGGCACCCAGUCCUCCUCGGCUGAGGCCACAGCUGAGAAAGCACCCAUAAAACUGGAUUUACGGGACAUUGACUUGAAGAGGCUUUCCUUGGAGAUAGAGAGAGAGAGAUUAGAUUACCUGGAUAAGAGCCGGAAGUUUGAGUAUCGUCUGCAAGAACUCAAGUCGGAAAUCCACGCCCUGAAAGUUGAAGAGAGGCAGGCCGGCUUCCUCUCGCACUGGAGAGAAGUACUCGGAUCCUUGGACCGUUCCUCGGGGAAGAUGGGCAAGACUCCUAUGUGGAUGGAGCCCUUUGAAACGGACCUGUUGGAGAGAUUGCAGCAGCCUCUGUUGGCGUGUCCGCUGAAUGCGACCGACAGUUCCGUGCCCAGAACGCCAACACAAAAUCUCUCUUUUCAGACCAAUGCCCUGGUGGCCAGUAAUGUGGGCACAGGAACCAGAAAGCACAUUAAGGUGCAACAACAUGAAACGGAUGUGAUCUACAUCUGAAGAACCUUAACGUGACUGCAGUUCUGGCACCGUUGGUUUUGGUGGACUCUAAAGGCUACUUUCAGAUUCUGGAGAGACCAUUGCCGAAGCCUGUCAGAUCUGACCACCGCCUCCAAAUUUGUUCCCAGGAUGUGUUUCUUGCAUUCAAAAGUAGGUCUGGUGAUAUUAGCUGACCCAGGGACUAGGGGUGGGCAGGCAUUUCCACCCCGUUUAAUGCAUCCACCUGGAGGCCUUCUAAAACUUCAUGUAUUAAGUGAUGAUUCAUCACUGCAAUACGUACGCUUUUGCAAACAAUUCUAUUACAGUAUGGCCCCAAUUCCGCUAAAUUUAGUUGCGGCUAAGUCAGCAAUUAAAUUUUCUUGGGCGUAUGCCCCAUUGAACACAGGAGCACUGACCUAGCUGCACAUGCAAAGUGGGCUGUUGUCCCACUGAACCGGAUGGAAGUCGGAAGUUGUGGCUAACUCUAUGCUCCAUUGACAGCAAUAGACUGUAAUCAGCACGAACUUAACUGGAUCAGGUCUCCUGCAUUUAGGAAUCUGUGUAGAAGGGGCAUCUUUAUGUUCAUAUGUAUUGAGGUGAAUCUUUGUAAAGAAUUCUGCAGCUAUUAUGUGUUUUUUUUAAAAAUAAGGUUUGAAUUAAGGGACCAAACUUAAAAUGCCAAAAUCCACUAGUUAACUAAAAGCAGUUUAAAGCAAUGGUGCUAUACACAUCUCCAAGUUGCUGUUGGCUUUAAAGGUUGCUUUAGAAAUGUUUCUUGGCUAUAUCUACAACAGCCUUCCCUAGCUUGGUGCCCUUUGGAUGGCACCAGUUUGGGGAAGGACUGACCCUAUGCAUGUCUACUCUGAAGUCUCAUUCUUUUCAAUGGGGCUUACCUGAGAGUAAGUGUCUAGGACUGUAGAAAUGCUGCGAGACUUGCCCCUGAGGACUCUGCUUAAUUAGAAUUUUGUAUCCCAACCUUCAGUGGGUGAUGUUGUACAGUCAACAAAUGAAGACAUUUGGAAAGAAAGAGGACGAGAAGUUAAGAGAAAACUACAUUUUAAUGCCGGUAUCUAAUGCAAGGAUUAUGCAUUUUACAUUUCAUAAAGCCCAAAGCAGCACAAAUUCUCCCAGUGGCAGUGCACCCCCUGGAAACAGUGAAAGGCAGAGAAAUUAGCUGAUCAAUCGGGCCUCGCCCUCUUCCAAGCCACCCUCCGUCCCCAAAAAAGGAUUGCAGUGUGUCUGUGUUCCUCAAAAGCAGACAGGGAAGAGGAACCUGUAGCCUUUCACGUGUUGUUGGACUCUUAACUCCCUUCGUCUCUGACCACUGGCAUUGCGGCUGGGGCUGAGGGGAGCUGGUGUCCAGCAACGGGUAGGAGGGCUACAGGUUGCCCUUCCCUGAUUUCAGAGCUCCAGAACAAAGCCACAACUAUGCUUAAUUUGUACAGCAGCCCCUCUAAUACGGGGAAAGUGUCUCUGAAUGACUCUUUCUUAUCGUGGGCAUCAAGAUUCACGUCAUCCCAUCAGUGUAAUACUAGAGAGAGAGAAAUAUUGUCUUGCGUUAUAAAGUGGUUUGCAUUUGAGAGGAUUAAAGGGGCAGCAGCUCUCCAAGAGGUGUUUGUCAACAGUCUGCACUUUCUCCCCCGUGGAGCAUGAGAGAAUGACACAAACCCAGGCAGGAAAUGCUUUGGGUCCAGCUGUUCCCCCAAACUUUUAGCAAUAGGAAAUUAAGCUGGUUCUGGAGUUGUCUGCUCAGCAUCCAACCAGUUCUCAGUCAGGUGGUUUAUCCCCCAAACUACAAGGCAGUACAAUGAAUGGAAACAACUCAAGGCAGCUUGGCGUCACUGGAGCCCACUCUGGGCCUUUAGCUAGAUCAAAAGGUUAAUCUAUGAAAUAAAUACUGAUUUCUAUAUUUUAAGUUAUUGUAAAUAUACUCCCCCCCCCAAAAAAAAAUAAAUUAUCUGCACAAUU